CCUCACCGGUACAACAUCGCAGUCGUGACUCAUGAGUGCGAGCGGCCACUUACGGUACAUGUACAGUAUAUAUGGCUGCGGGAAGCCGCCGCACACAGCUUGGCGUCAUCACGGUGCGCCUCUCCGUUGCGCCGCCGCACUCGGCUUUGCGCACCCGUUAGCUGCUGCUGCUACUGCUGCUGAAUGUAGAGAUCGAGAUGAUGCUACUGCAAGCCAAGCCAACACCAAGGCCGAAAGGCACAGCUGGGGUCAUCUACUGUAUCCGCACCCUUCAUGCGUGCGUUAGCACUUCACAACUCACAACUCAAAAGUGCCUGUUGUGUGUCGUGGGUGCAUGAGCAACCCACCGAGGCUCGUGAGCCGAAGCGUAGGGUCCGUACAUACCGAUGGACGCGCGCGCGGAC